ACACCACAUAUUGUUGUUUUGAGUGGCGGCGAACACGCUUAACCUCCGGUAAUUGAUUGAUUGAACACGGCAGACCCAUAAAAGGACAUUCGGGCACUUGUUACCGUUCGCACGAUUUUCAAAGCAACUAUAUUUUGAAAAAACAGCUGUGCUGUGUGCUGUGAAAGUUUGUUAAAGUUUUCGCUAAAAGUUAAAGAACAAUAGAGAAAAGGGCGCAACAGCUCGAGGAAGAGAAGCAGAGGCUGAAAAGAAGGCGCUCAGUCAGUCCCACAGGCAGACGAAGAACAAAAGCAGAAAGGCAGAAAGCAAAGCGGCGCACAAGGAGAAAUAAACAAUCAAAACAAGAAGUGCGGAGGAGGAGGAGGAGGAGCAGGCACAAGGAGAGUCGACCCUCGGAUAAAAUAAAAAAAGAGGGCAGCCAGUAUGACGGACGAAUGCAUAACCAGAAACUUCAAUGUUCUCAGCUCGAAUGGAGCGGGAAAUCGAAGCAGCAUUAUAGCUGAUAAUACCGAUGCCAAGGGCUGCCCGGGGAGCGGUGUUGGUGUCGGCGGUGGUGCAACUGCAGCGGGCGCACCGCCCGUUCCGGCCAACAAGCUGGUGGCUCGAAUGCCCGUGGAUCGUUACGCCUCCGAGUACAAUAUGAAUCACAAGAAUCGCGGUCUGGCCCUCAUCUUCAACCACGAAUUCUUCGAUAUUCCCUCGCUCAAGAGUCGCGCCGGCACCAAUGUGGAUUCGGCCGAACUGGAGUCGGCCCUCCAAGGUCUGGGGUUCAAAGUGUCGGUGCACAAGGACUGCAAGUUUCGUGACAUCCUGAAGCAUGUGGAGAAGGCGGCGUCACAAGAUCACACGGACAACGAUUGCCUGGCAGUUGCCAUUCUCUCGCACGGAGAACAUGGCUAUUUGUACGCCAAGGACACGCAGUACAAGCUGGACAAUAUCUGGCACUACUUUACGGCCAACUAUUGCCCCACGCUGGCCGGCAAACCAAAGCUGUUCUUCAUCCAAGCCUGCCAGGGCGAUCGUUUGGAUGGUGGAAUGACCCUCGAGAAGACCACCACCGAAACGGAUGGCGAUUCCUCGAUGAGCUACAAGAUACCCAUUCACUCGGACUUUCUUUUCUCCUACUCCACCAUUCCCGGCUACUAUUCCUGGCGCAACAUCAACAACGGCUCCUGGUUUAUGCAGUCGCUGAUCCGAGAGCUCAACACGAAUGGCAAGAAGUACGACAUCCUCACCCUGCUCACUUUCGUCAAUCAGCGUGUGGCCAUCGACUUUGAGUCGAACGUGCCCGGCACCCCCAUUAUGGAUCGACAGAAGCAGAUACCGUGCCUCACCUCAAUGCUGACGCGCAUACUGCGCUUCAGCGACAAACCGAAUGGCAAUAAGGCUGGCUAAACGAUCUCUUUUCUAGGCUAAGUUCAAAUCAAACGAACCGACAACUGAAAUUCCCAACAAUCAUUCACUUUGGAUUCCAAUUCACUUCAAGUCUAGUAUAGGAUGGACACGUGUGAUUAUCCCCAAGGAUAAACAGCACCAUUACAUAAUUAAUUAAUCCCGACUCAUUUCCCCCACCCUCGGCCUUAUGGUUGACGAAAUUCGUUUCCCACUUAACUUUAUGAUUUUCCUAAACGUAAGAACUCUUGCCAAUCAGCAAACCCACAAAUUUUUGAAUAAGAUUAUACAAUGAAGAUAUAUACAAUUAUAUAUAUAUUUUAUACGCAUAUGAAUAAAAUGAAUUGAAUAUUA